UUUUGGAUAGGGUUCAUUUUUGUUGAAUCACGUUGUCCUUGGGAACCCUAAUCGUGUUUUUUGCGAUUCCGAUCUUUAGGAUCGUACUGCAGCUGUUUCACUUUUUUAGGCUUGAUUCAGAUGUAUCUAUUUGUGUUUUUAUGAUUAUUAUUAUAUAUAUAUAUAUAUAUUUUUUUUUUUUCAUUCAGUGGCUUAUGCAUUUGGUCUUGCCGACGGUUCUUUCCAAUGGCGGGUGCAUCAGUUGCUGAUCACAGUUUUCACAGAAUCAGUAGCUUUGUGAAUCAGGUCUUCAGCUAGAGGUACAAGGUUUGUAUUUCGUCUUGAGGUUCAAGGUUUGUCUUGAGAGGCCUGAAAAUACAAAAAAUGUCAACUGGCAGAAACACACAUUGGUGUCACCAAUGCAAUCGACGAGUUAAGCUUCGGGGUCAUAGCUUGGUUUGCCCACAUUGCCAAGGGGAUUUUUUGGAAGAACUCAAUGAGCUGGCAGGCACAGGGGAGCCUGAUUUAUUUGGAAUGCAUUCUGAACGUAAUCCUGACUUGGGAUAUGGGGAACCAUUCUCCGACCCCGGGUUCAGAAUUAUGAAUGCUUUUGCAGAUUUUAUGAGGCAGCGGAUGGAAGGAAGAAAUACGAACUUUGAUAUUAGAGCAAGAUCUGGUCUGGUUCCCGAGCAGAAUAUGGGUUUUGGCUCUGGUCCGUGGUUGAUGUUCCACGGCCAAGUCCCUGUUAGGAUGUCUGAUAACGAUGCCUUCGAUUUCUUCUUCAAUACCAGUCCUAGAACGGGGCAGAGACGGGCAAAUUUUGGUGAAUUUUUCACAGGACCGGCAUUUGAAGAGUUGAUUCAACAACUUACCAUGAAUGAGAGGCAGGGUCCACCGCCAGCUCCUCAGUCAUCCAUUGAGGCUAUGCCAACUAUCACGAUCACCCAGAGGCAUCUGAACACUGAUUCCCACUGUCCAGUCUGUAAAGAUAAAUUUGAAUUGGGAUGUGAAGCAAGGCUGAUGCCGUGCAAACAUAUCUACCAUUCCGAUUGUAUAGUUCCUUGGUUGGUUCAGCAUAACUCGUGUCCCGUCUGCCGCCUUGAGCUGCCCCCACCUGCUUCUACUGGUGCUCGUAGUCAUGGUCAUCGCAGAUCAAGCGGUGGCAAUGGAAGCAGCAGUGCCGGGAGUAACAGCAGCCACAGGGAGGACAAUGGCUCGAACCCGGGCAGGAGGAAUCCAUUUUCAUUUCUGUGGCCUUUUCGGUCAUCCAACCAAAACAAUUCUCACUAUGCUGAAAGUGGCGGGAGUGGCUCCACGCCAAGCUAUGAAGAGAGCAACAAUGGGAUGAAUUACCCUGGAUGGCCUUUCAAUUACUCAUAAGUUUGUCUCUACUGCUGCCUUUGCUUUGCUUUUCUGUUAUGCGCCUUUCUGAUGAACUCAAUCUUCAGUUAGGUUUAGUAAAUAUGUGAGUAGAGUGCAAGUGGAGAUAGAGAUUUCCAUUUCCCUUAUAGGUGGCUUCAAUUCAGUUUACUGUUUGUUGGAUAUUAUCUUCUAGUUUUUGCUUUACUGCUUGUCUCUGUGAAUUCUUUUUCCUGCUUCUUUUACAUGGUUCAUCUUUUCUUGCUUCCAAUAUAGAAAGAAACCAAGGCCAUGGAAAAAGAAAAGGAGAAGAAGAAAUAAAAGGUUUUAUGCAUAUUUAUUUUUA